AUGUCAAGUUCUAAUAAAAAUAGCAUGAAAAUUACAUUAACUUUAUUACAAAAAAGAGAAUUGUGUUUAAAAAAGGAACAAAAUCCAAAAACUUUAAAUAAAGAACUUGCAGAAGAAUUUGGAAUUUAUCCGAAUACAGUAAGCGAUAUUCUUAAAAGAAAAACUGAGUAUCUAGCCAUUGAUCCAAAUGACCAAAAUAACAAAGACAAAAAACGGGUUAGACGACCUCAAUAUAUAGAAGUUGAAGAAGCAUUGGUAUUAUGGGUCAUGCAAGCACAAACUGCAAAUUUAACAAUUA